GAUGAUGCAGCACCUCUCAAAAAGAAAGUACCAUACGAUCAACUGAGACCAUACAAGACAAGCGAGCUUCAUGACAUGCAAAAAACUGAACAAAACGCAGACUUUUCAUCAUCUGACGACUUUUUAUCAUCAUCCGACGACAUCCAAUCACUAUUCGAGGGCACUUCACCACCCCGUAGCAACACCACAUCACCAUGUAAUGAUGACAGUCCAAUACUGAUUCAUGACAGUCCACCAUUGACUAACAACAAGACUAAUGACAACAAGACUAACGACAACAAGGCUGAUCACAACAAGACUAGUGACAACAAGACUAACAACAACAAGACUAACGACAACAAGACUAACGACAACAAGACUAGUGACAACAAGACUAACGACAACAAGACUAGUGACAACAAGACUAACAACAACAAGACUAACGACAACAAGACUAACGACAACAAGACUAGUGACAACUAG